CUUGGAAUCUAUGCUGUAUGGAAAAUGGAGGAGCUGACAUACAACACCAUCCGCCUUGGGGGCAUGUCGUCUCGUCAGAGCCACAAGUCACCCCAUCCGUCUGGCGAGUCCAAAAGGCCCCAGACAGGAGAUCAGUUCCCGAAACCGCGGGCCAAGCUGGGCGGAAGAGGAACGCAGCCGGUGGUGGCACUGAACCUGCCGGUUGCCGAGGACUUGGGUCGCGCAUUCUUUUGUGUUGUUUCAUUCUUUUAAUCCGUUCUUGUUAAACCAAGGGCGUCUGGUGUGAAAAAGAUUUCGGUAUGGCGCGGAGCCACGGGGACAAAUCCCUCAAAAAUCGGGGGCGAGGAGGGUAAUAACCAAAGAUUCUGUGCCCUUCCUGUUCCUGCUGCGUCCACUUAAGAGCCAUGUUGAUCGUGAUAAUGGACCGUGCGGGUGAUAAGUCGCUGAGAUGAACUUCUUGGCUGUCGAUCAACUCGAAGUGGCGCCUCGAUCAUCGCGGGGAUGGAUCGAGAUUGGUCCAUCUGGCUGGUGCUUGCCGACCUGCGAGAGUAGCGUAUCA